AUGGAAAACCAAAGCAGGUCUACGAUUAAUCAACAGGACGAAAACAAAAGUAAGUCGAAAGUGGUCCUGCCUAAAGGAAAGAGAUUGAUGACUCGCCGGGUUUUGGGUGAAGUGCAUCCAAAUGUGCAGUGCCAACGUGAUAUAUCCAAGAAAGCCACAAUUCCUGAUGCCGAGUGUGAGAAAAAACCGCUAAAGGCUGUCACACGAAGAAGAUACAGCCAUGUCCAGGCAAAGGUUGACACUGGUCUUGGUGCCAAAUCUAUUCAAGCAUCGUCAAGGCCAUCUCCACAAGCUACAUGUGCUGCAAUGCAUACUAGAAAUGCUGUUAAAGAAGAUCUCAAAAAAGACAUUGAAAUUGAAUCAAAAAAGGUUUUAACACAAGUGAAGAGGUCUAAAGACCCUAAGGAAUCUAUAGGAAGACAGAAUUUACCUGAAACCAUUGUUGAGAAUUUGACGUCAGAAAUUGAAGAUAUUGAUGCUGAAGACUCUAACCCAACCAUGAUGUCUAGCUAUAUUAAGGACAUCUACAAAUAUCUGACCACCCUUGAGAAGAGGUAUCCAAUUGUAAAGAACCAUUUAAAAAAUCAAACUGAAAUAAGAUGUCGCAUGAGGGCUCCUCUGAUAGAUUGGCUGGUAAAGCUUCAGUGCGAGUUUUCUUUGCUCCUAGAGGCUUUACACUUGGCUGUUGGAAUUAUAGACCGGUAUUUGCAGGUCGCACCCAAUGUACCAAAGAACAGAUUGCAGCUCAUUGGUGUAACUGCGAUAUUUAUCGCCUGCAAAUAUGAAGAAACAUACGCCGUCCACGUCACUGAACUCGUUCAAGUCACAGACCGUGCAUACACCAAGAAUGAAAUAUUGACAUGCGAGAAGGAAAUAAUGAGGAAGCUAGAUUUCAGUCUGGCGAGGCCCAUACCGCUCACCUUCAUCAGGCGGUUCAUCAAAGUGGCUCACUGUACAAGAAAGAAUGAUUACUUAGCAAAAUACUUCGUCGACCUGUGUUUGCUGGCGUACUCCAUGGCUCACUAUAAGCCGUCCGAAUUGGCCGCCGCAGCCGUCUGUCUCUCGCUACACGUCCUCCCCGGCACGCCUCUCCAGGACGUGUGGACACGUACGCUCGCAUAUUACUCGGGGUACGAACUAGCUCACAUUCGACCCAUACUUGGGAAAAUAGCGACCUUAGUGAUAAACGUAGACAAGUCUAACUUCAAAGCGGUCCAACAAAAGUACUCUCACGUGGCACUGGGCAAAGUGUCGACGCUUCCGCAUCUAAAAGGACGCGCCAUGUUUAAACUCGCUCGGAGCUCAUCUUAA